AUGGAAAACGUUCUGUUUUUGGGUCUUUCUGGCGUUGUGGCUUCAAUCCGACCGCCGUCAAAUGGUACAGGCAAUUCACCAGUAGAAGUCUCCAAUCUCAAAGCACUGGGAUCGUACAACUGGGUGGAGGAUCAAGUUCCCACAAUUGCUAUUCCGGGUGGGUCCACGACGUCCUCCUAUGUGGAAAGAACAACCCUCGCCCAUCGAAUUGAGUGGAGAUAUAGGAAACCGUUCUUCGAUGAAGAUAUUGCACGAAAGUGCGGCUAUCCUCUCGAACCGGAUCUGCUUGCUAUCAAAGUAUCCCAGGCAACAGACCCAAGCUUCAAGCUGUCCGAAGAAAAUAUUGACAUUGUCACGAAUCGAAAUAACCUACGAAAGCUAAUUGAAUUCGCCAACUCGGGAACCGGUAACAGAGGACAGUACCGCUCUGAGAACUUUCGCAUAGACGCUCAACUCGCACCUAAUGGGAGGACGAUGGUUCUCACACGAUACGAAGCGCGAAGAUCUGAGCGGCAGUCGAACAACCGCUUUAUUGGAUUCGACCAUAUGUUCGAGAGAAUCGCUACCGAAGAAUUACCGAGCAUUCGUGCUACCAAUUCUGGCGGUCGUACAGUUCACCUCCGCCCAGUUGGGUAUCACCGAAUUGUUCGCUACGAUCUACUCGGCAUGCGAUUCCUCGUACGUUCUCGGGUAGACGCGAUGCUCCAAGGACCUUCAAACUCAGGUUAUGAAUCAUCUGCCGAACAAGAUAUUGACGGCCUCUCGAAAGUACUCGAGCAGAUUAAAUUGAAACUAGACUCUGUUGAUACUAGCCUCCCCAUUCUCCAUGAAGAAGCAGCCGGAAUGCGAUAUGUCAAUUUUGGGGAGUUUGUCCCCCAGGAUUCAUUGAUGGAUAUUAAACUGGCUCAUAAACAUCAUAUUAAUUGGAAUAACGUCUACUCUCAGUACUUUUUAUCCCAAACCCCCAACCUCAAAAUAGCCGACAGAACCACGGUUGGGCGCAAGUGCUUUGUUGCGCAAGUAGAUACGUACGGAAAAGACUCAUUGAAGACCGAGCACGAGAAACGAUCGCAACAGUUCCGAAACCUUGUUGCUGUAUUGAGGGAAAUGAGGCGGACUCUGCAGGCGCGUGGAGGCUCCUCUCAACCAUUGGCGUUUGUAUACUGCCAAAAAGGCAAUUUAAAGGCCUAUAUAAUUCGAGAGAAAGGGGAGUAUCUUUCGGAAGAAGGACUCGAAACUUUCUGA